AUGGGGUUUAUAUUUUCAAAAUCUAUGAAUGAGAACAUGAAGAGCCAGCAGGAGUUCAUGCUUAUGAAUGCCCGACUUCAGCUGGAAAGGCAGCUAAUGAUGCAGAAUGAAAUGAGAGAAAGACAAAUGGCUAUGCAGAUUGCUUGGUCUCGGGAAUUCCUCAAAUACUUUGGAACUUUUUUUGGCAUUGCAGCCGUCUCUUUAACAGCUGGAGCAAUUAAAAAGAAGAAGCCUGCCUUCCUCUUCCCUAUCGUUCCAUUAGGCUUUGUCCUUACCUACCAGUAUGACAUGGGCUACGGGACCCUUAUACAAAGAAUGAAAGGUGAAGCCGAGAACAUACUGGAAACAGAAAAGAGUAAGUUGCAGCUGCCAAAAGGAAUGAUCACUUUUGAAAACCUUGAAAAAGCAAGAAGGGAACAGAGUAAAUUCUUCAUAGACAAAUGAAAUCAUGUUUACCCACCAAAUCUCAAAAUACAGAAUUGUUGACUUGAAUCAUGGCCUUUACAAUUUUUUAAAUGCUUGAGAUUUUGAUAUAAUGGUUUUCAUUUUAAAAUAAUAAAAUUUAAGAUGAACUUUGUUAAAUUAUUUUAAAAUAAAAUGUAUAACAUUCAACACAAAAUCAUGGAGGUACUCUUUCAGAUUUCCUCUAUAUGUGUGUGUAUCACAAACAUCUAAAUGUAAAAUUAAUAAACUAUAUUUUUUGAACUUCUGGAAGCAAAA